AAUUGACGUAAAUCAGCUGUCCAAUAUCAGUCGUUGUAGGUGGCAGCACCGCGUCACGUGAAUUUUCAUGGCGUUGAAGGGCUAGUCCCGAAUUGUCUUGUGAUUUCGCCAAAUUAUUUGCUGUUUCCAAUAUUUAGUGUUAAACAGCAUUAAUUUAUAAGUUCCAGUGGUGAAGAUGUCUGAAUACUGGGUGAUCAGUGCCCCGGGCGACAAGACGUGCCAGCAGACCUGGGACACCCUCAACAAUGCCACCAAGUCGGGCAAUCUCAGCGCCAACUACAAAUUUCCAAUCCCUGAUCUGAAGGUGGGGACUCUGGAUCAGUUGGUGGGGCUGUCCGAUGACUUGGGUAAGCUCGACACCUUCGUUGAAGGUGUCACAAGGAAGGUAGCGCAGUAUCUCGGUGAGGUACUAGAAGACCAGCGCGAUAAGCUCCAUGAGAACCUUAUGGCCAACAACAGCGACCUACCAUCGUAUCUAACUCGUUUCCAAUGGGACAUGGCGAAAUACCCCAUCAAGCAGAGUCUGCGUAACAUCGCUGAUAUCAUCAGUAAACAGGUGGGUCAGAUCGAUGCGGACUUAAAACAGAAAUCGUCCGCCUACAACGCACUCAAGGGCAACUUACAGAACUUGGAGAAGAAACAGACCGGCAGUCUGUUGACCCGUAACCUGGCGGACCUGGUGAAGAGGGAGCACUUCAUCCUGGACAGCGAGUACCUCACCACACUGCUGGUCAUCGUGCCCAAGUCGAUGUUCAACGACUGGAACGCGAACUACGAGAAGAUCACGGACAUGAUCGUGCCGCGCUCCACGCAGCUCAUCCACCAGGACAACGACUACGGACUCUUCUCCGUCACUCUCUUCAAGAAGGUAGUGGAAGAGUUCAAGCACCACGCCCGCGAGCGCAAGUUCGUGGUGCGUGAGUUCGCGUACAACGAGGCCGACCUCGCCGCCGGCAAGAACGAGAUCACCAAGCUCGUCACCGACAAGAAGAAGCAGUUUGGUCCAUUGGUGCGAUGGUUGAAGGUGAACUUCUCCGAAUGUUUCUGCGCCUGGAUCCACGUCAAGGCGCUCCGUGUCUUCGUCGAGUCCGUGCUGAGAUACGGUCUGCCGGUGAACUUCCAGGCGGUGGUGAUGGUUCCGUCGCGCAAGAACACGAAGAAGCUCCGCGAGGUGCUGCAGGCGCUGUACGCGCACCUCGACCACUCCGCGCACCAACACACCUCCUCCGCACAGGACGUACGUACCUACUGUAUACUCUCUACUAGCUUCUGUACGCGCACCUCGACCACUCCGCGCACCAACACACCUCCUCCGCACAGGACAACGCGGAGCUGGCCGGUCUCGGGUUCGGUUCGUCGGAGUACUACCCGUAUGUGUUCUACAAGAUCAACGUGGACAUGUUAGACAAGGCCUAACCACGUCGCCACGCUGCAUAAACCCCCGUUAUAUUAGGUAAUGUUACCAGGUACUUUCUCCUGUGUCUGACCACGUAAUGGUCGCGCAAUACCAUGAACUAUCAUCGUACAAUUUAUUUUACUUAUACAACAUAUCUAUACGAAAUUUAUCAUUGGCCCUUGAAAAAAAAAUCCAUAUUUUUCUAUAUGUACAGAUGUUUUUGACAUAAUUUUGUUUUGUGACAACUUUAAAUCAUAUUUUUUUCAUUUACAAACUGGUUGUUGAUAUAAUGUUUGUGUAAUUUAUAACUAUUAUAUAUAUCUAUGUUAUUUAUAAAUAAGAUGCCAUUUUGAGAAUUGAGAUAAUUAGAAAACAAAGAAUAUAAAAAUUGUUGCAAUAAUAAUUCUUGAUGGAGCUUACUAUUAUGGCUUUUUGUUGAAUGUUAAAUAAACACUGUUAAUAAAUAAAUAAAUAAAUGAUUGAGUUCAGUAUUAUACUUGAGUUGCGUAGUGUAGCGUGACGCAUGCAAUGUAUAUUAAAGUAAAUAACAUCAGAUGCAAACUAUGUAAAUAAGAACAUUCCUCAUACAUGUGUGUAGUACAUAAUAAAAUAUUAUUCAAGUUACUGUU